UUACCAACAAACCGUAUGGCAUUUUGUUCCGAAUAUGUUCUGCUCUGCGACGCCAUACCUUACGUGCAUCUGACGGCCGACGUGAUGACGUAGAGCGGAAACUUGCAGGAGCGAUUCUUUCUAGAAUUCUGUAGCUGCAUCUAGCUAGUAGUCGCUAGGGAGGUCCAACUGUGUUUGCUCUGGGAAAAAACGAUUUGUUUCAGCCAACUCACAUUACUGAGACCUGCCUCCACUUCGAGAUUUUUUUGCUGCUGAAUAACAUUUUGUAGUCAAGUUUAACCUUCCAACUUAUCCGACUUGUAGGUGGCUAACUUGGUUAGCUUCGUGUUGUAGCUGGCAGGAUGUCCAGGAUAGACUACAGCGUGUGGGACCACAUUGAGGUCUCAGAUGAUGAAGAUGAUACCCACCCUAACAUCGACACACCGAGCCUCUUUAGAUGGAGACACCAGGCUCGUGUGGAGAGAAUGGAAGAGUUCCAGAAUAAAGGUGAAGAAAUCAACAAGACUCUAAUGGAGUGUCGGCGUAAGCUGGCAGAGACGCAGAGGAAACUGCAGGAGCUGAGCGUCGCCUCGUCGGAAGAUGCCAAAACAGAGCUGAACAAAGUCCAGGCGGAGGAGAAGAAAUUAAAGAAAGAGGAACGAGAAUGGUCGAAGAAGAUGGAUGAACACAGAAGAGAGGAGAAGAAGAUGCCCUGGAAUGUGGACACGCUUAGCAGAGAUGGUUUCAGCAAGAGUAUCGUUAAUGUCAAACCUGAGGUUGGACAAGAAACUGAAGAGGAGAAGGAGCAGAAGCACAAAACCUUUGUGGAGAAGUAUGAGAAACAGAUUAAACAUUUCGGGAUGUUGCGGCGUUGGGAUGACAGCCAGAAGUACCUAUCUGACAAUCCUUAUCUGGUAUGCGAAGAAACUGCCAAUUAUCUUGUCAUCAUGUGCAUUGACCUUGAAGUGGAAGAGAAACAUGCACUGAUGGAGCAAGUAGCUCAUCAGACUAUAGUGAUGCAGUUCAUACUUGAAUUGGCAAAGAGCUUGAAAGUGGACCCCCGUGGCUGCUUCCGUCAAUUCUUUUCCAAGAUUAAGACGGCCGAUCAGCAGUACCAGGAUGCAUUUAAUGAUGAGCUCGAGUCAUUCAAGGAGCGAGUUAGAGGAAGGGCAAAGAUCCGCAUAGAGAAGGCUAUGAAGGAACUGGAAGAAGAAGAACGACAGAAGCGCUUAGGACCUGGUGGACUCGAUCCCGUUGAAGUCUAUGAAUCUCUGCCAACUGAAAUGCAGAAAUGCUUUGAUGACAAAGACAUCCAAAUGUUACAAGACGUCAUCAGCAAAAUGGACCCAACGGAGGCGAAACAUCACAUGAAGAGAUGCAUCGACUCUGGGCUGUGGGUUCCUAAUGCCAAGGUGGAUGUGGAAGGAAAAGAUGAGGAACCCACCUAUGAAGAGGUGAAACAGGAGCAAGAAGAAACAAAGAAGGAAUGACCAGAUUGGCUCAACUGAUUUGUUUUCCUUUUUGGGUUUUGCUUUUGCAAAUAUGCUCACCCACUGUAUUGCAACUCCCAUUAUGUGUACGAUUAGUUUGCAGAUGAAUGAAAUAACUUCUUUGAAAAUGUUUUGCUGAGAUAUAUGGGAAGAAUGUUCACGUACCAACACAACCUGGGGGCAUCAGUGACCCCAUCUGGACAUGAAAAUGUUGAUUGUGCUAAAAGUCAUCAGCGAAGCUGUGUCCCUUCAUUCAUUUGUACACACUUUUCCAAGUAUCAUCCAACAUGUCUGUUUUUUUUCUGCCGGUGUAGAGUGCAGACUUUUCUGUGCUUUUUUGGGACAGUUUUUUUUAAUGCAAAAGUUUUGUUUUAGCUUAUGCACAUAAUUUGACAUUUUCUACUACCUUCUUGGACUAAACGUUUAACUGUGUCCACUUAUCUAAGGGUUUGUGUCAGUGUAUGCUUUGUAAUUUGAAAAUACAUUUAAAAUGGAAGUUGAAAGGAAGAGAGCAAGGCAUCUUGUAGUAGUAUAAGGGUAAAAGAUAGGUUUGUCUACAGAAAAAUAUGGUCAUGCAACAAAUAAAUUGGUGACUCUUCUUGGCCUCAAGUAGAAUUACA